UCAGGAAGUGGUGAGUGUUAGGAGACUAACGAGUGAGAGAACCAAUAUGGUAGAUUCAAUGACAGAAUCACAGACUUGUAGAAAAUACUGCAUGGAUUACCGACCGACUUACCUAAGACUUCCAGGGUAGAGGAAGUGGUAGAUGGUGACCUCCAACCCAGCCUGCAUCCUCUCCAAGCCAUGGAAGAUUCACCUUGUGUGGAGACGAUCUGAAGAGUCAGGGUCUCAUUUACAACCAACAAUACCAGUACCAACCAAUGACUAAAUGCAGUUUUCCUGGUACUGUGACUAAGAACACUUUACAUCAUGCCAUACUUUAUAUGCUACUAGUGAAGAAGUAACAGCUUGAAAACCAUCUUUGAAAUAUUUCUUCAGCUGAUAGAAAAAGUCGUCAAUCCGCAUCUGCUGAGUUAGGUAGUGAGCAACAUUCUUGAAAUAUGUUUAAAUGUCAACAACCACCUUAAAGUCUGCAUCAAAUCCGUAAUCCGUAAACUCCCUGAAAACCCACACCUCUUCAGAGACCCUAUAGCUUUAUGAAAAACUGCUUGCAUCAAAGGCGGUCUGCAACAUCCCUGAAACCACAUCUGUGCAAGGACCUCACAACUUAAACAGUAACAGCAUGAAUCAAAGACCAUCGGCACCAUCCUUGAAGUAUUGCUGUACUUACAUCAUCUGAUUGUUCAAGGUGUAACGAUGCAUCUGUAAAGAGUAACCUUCUUGAACACCUACAUCUCUACUACACAGCCUCCUGGUCAGCCAACAGCAGCAGCACCAUGAAUGUCCUGCAGCAGUUGUCGGACCAGCACCUCAGCUGCAGCAUCUGCAUGGAGUUGUACACUGAUCCUAAACAGCUGCCGUGUCUUCACAGUUUCUGCAAGCACUGCCUGUCAACACACAUCCUGAAGAAGGUGGCUGGCAGUGGUGACGUGUCCUUUCCUUGUCCUAUGUGCAGGAAUAUGUGUAAGCCUACAGAUCCGGACCCCAAUAAGUUGAUGACAUGGGUAGACUCCUUCCCGGACAACUUCUAUAUCAAGAAUCUGAUGGACACUUUUGAGACACAGAGUCUGACUACUGGGUCUUUAACAGUGGAGGAUAAACUGCAAUGUUUGGCUGUUGAGGCAGAGUCAUGUGCAAGGCAUAAGAAAGAGAAAGUGUUGGCAUACUGUGUUGUGAGGAAGGGUGGAGCCUGUGGACUGUGUCUGAAGAGCUCAAUCCAUGACGACUGUGCCAAAAGUCAUCUGACUCUAGAUAAAGCUCAGAAUCUUGCAGGAAAGCGUUUAGAAGAUUUUAAGAAGAGAGUAGGGACUCUGUCUUCAAGGAUUGAAACAGUUGGUCAAAAGCUGCCUUUAAAACCAGAUGAACUCAAAUUUAAGAGGGAAGAAUUGGCACUUGAGAUUUCUCAACAUUUCUCUGAUCUGAAGACAAAGAUAAACAAGCUACUUCUUCAGAAGGAGAAGGAGACUACAGAUGAACUAAAAAAUGUAAUUGAUAAGGAAAAUGGAAAAAUAACUGAAGCAACAACUGAAGCAACGUUUUUAUCAGCAUCACUGAAAAACACAGAGCAGCUCUUUGAUAAACUUCUUCAGAGCAGACCCGUGGAGACCCUGUCCCUGGCAGAGAAAGUAGAGGAGCAACUAGCUACUUACGAGAGAGGAACAAAGAAGGCAGAGAACAUUUGUGAAAAGUUGGACAUUAAGUUACUUCAAACUGAGGAUAAUCUUAUAGCUAUGAGGAACAUGCAGUGGGGCAGAAUUCUUGUUGGUGAGGAGGAUGUGGAUGAGGUAACAGAUGCUCAGUUGUUUGCAUCUUCAAGAGAGCUGGGAGCACCUUCUUCUGCAGGAAAGUCAUUGACCCUGCCUGCUUCAUCUGUGAGAAGAGAUGCCUCUAAGCAUGCUGAAAGGUUCCCUCGACCUGAUGGACGUACAGCUAGUGCACUAUCUGCUGAGGAACAGAGGGCUUUAGAGAAUAAGCUGUCUGGUGAUGCUUCGGUCAAACCAAACAUGACCCUUCCCACAGUUGAACCUUUGCCUCGUGUGUCUCCUCGAACAGAGGUAUUUCCAACCCAGUCAGUUCCAAGACAAAGUGCCAUUGUUCCAACCAUUGUGUCAAACUCGGCUCAACUUGAGAACUCUUUACAAGCAACAGCUUCAGCUGUAUCUAACACAAAUGUAAGGAAUGUAGCUCCUAGUCAGGAAUUCCACCUGAAUCCCACCCAUGAUUUUAAUGGUCUGUGCCCAGAUGAUGUCCACUCUUCUAGUUAUGUGGGUGGGUGUCCAUUUGGACAGAACUGUCUUCUCAUAGUGGACAGAUGGAACAAGAAGCUGAAGCUCAUUCAGGUGGGUGGAAGGACUCUGUUGUUCCAUGCCUUUGCUGACACUCUGGAGCCCUGGGAUGUGGCCUACAUUAGUCAGGACAGAGUAGCUGUCACCUGCCCCAGCACCAGCCAGAUCCUCACCAUCUCUGUGACCAGUUCCUCCAUAGACAUCAGUAGGUUCAUCAAAACUGUCAUCGGCUACUCAGCAAUUGCCCACUUAGAGGGACCUAGGUUUGCUGCAGGUGUGUGUAAACCAUUUGGAACUCCGCGAGUGGAUAUCCUGGACUGUUCCUCUGAUAAAGCAAACAUUCUCCGAGAGCUCCCUUCGACCGUGAAUGUGACCUACCCCCGAACGAUGGGUCUCACCCUGAACAGGGACCUCUUUGUCUGCGACUGGAGUCUGAAGGAGAUCUCUGUGUUUGACAGGAAUGACUUCAUGCAGAAGCUGCGCUACAAAGGGGCAGGGAAAGAGGGGGUCCUCCGAGAGCCCGUGGGGGCCACCAAGGACAGACGAGGCAAUCUGUACAUAGCAGACAGGAAGACCAAGAAGAUUCAUGUGGUGUCCUCAACCGGAACCCGUUUGGCGCUGCUGACACUGGACAUUCCCAGUGACCCCAAGGUUAUUGUGAUAGCCGAGGUGGAGAGACGGUACUCUACGAGUGGGGAAGUGUUGGUUGUAGCCACGGGGGGAGGCAGGCUAUUUGUGUUUGAUCUCAUCACACCUGAAACACCAUAGAUGGGACACAGGUUCGGGCAAUGCUUCAGUUAUCCUGUUCAAUCCUUAUUGAUGAUGGUGUAAGAAAGCGUCUGUGAUUUAUUUGAGAUGGCCCUGUGAUUAUUCUCGGAUGGAGUUGAUUUCAAAUGUCCUUGCUUGUAGAUAAAGAUGAUGUAAAAUGGGGAUAGAGGAAGGGGGAGUAGAAUUAAUCACUGGAUUGUCAUGUCUUUUCUAGUAGAUGCCAAAAGUAAACAAAUAUAUUUGGAGUGAUUAGAUUGCAGCCAUGGUCCAACGGUUUACAUGCCUUUUCUACAUGGUGACUGAAAUGAUUCUUUGUUUUAUUUUAAGAAAUUGAUUAAGGUGGUGAAAUGAUUUUGACAUGACAGUGCAAGUACUCUGAUGAUUAUCAGUUUCGAUAUCCAGCUCCGCCAACCUGACUGCGUAAUGCAUAUAAUGAUUGUGGCAAAUCACAUCAUUUUUACCUGAUGUCAGAGAAAACCAAUUUAUUUCCAGGGAGGUAGUCUUGGAUUUUCAUUUGAGAUGAGAAAAUACUCUUCAGCACACACUUUGGUAUUGAUUAACAAAACCGUUGAUGAUUAAUUACGCCUGCUUGUAUCUGACAAGUUGUUUCCUUUCUCCCAAAAUAGACCGAAAAUUGUGUGAUGUUUGAGCAUUAUCCGGAACAAGUUGUUUUGAAAAAUAUCAGUUACGCUUUAGGAUUUAAAAUAGUCCGACUCCAGUCAAAGCCUAUAUUUACCAGGCUUUCUUCUUGUAUAUGGAGACGUGUCACUAGACCCUGGCCUCACACUUGUGGGGACUGCCUCCGUGGUCUUGUGCACAGCAUAACAAGGACUGGUUGGCUCAGACAUACACAUACACAAACAGGGUACUGUUGUAUAGUAAAUAUGAAGAUAAGUCUUUGCGCUUCUGUACAAUGUAUGUAUGUACUAAAUGUGUUAAAAAAAGGUUCACAGUUGUCUAUCUUAAGGCAAACUAUAGCUGCUAUUGUUGUUGUACCCAUUACCGCAUCUGACUGCACUUGUAAAUUAGAACCAUAUGUGCUUCCACAGUCAGUUAUCUCAGUUAUUUCAUUUGCGAGAGGACGGUAAUAUAAAUGUUUCAUUUGCGAGAGGACAGAAACUUAAAUGUUUCAUUUGCAAGAGGACAGAAACAUAAAUGUUUCAUUUGCAAGAGGACAGAAACAAAUGUUUCAUUUGCGAGAGGACAGACACAUAAAUGUUUCAUUUGCGAGAGGACAGAAACAUAAAUGUUUCAUUUGCGAGAGGACAGAAACAAAUGUUUUAUUUGCGAGAGGACAGAAACUUAAAUGUUUUAUUUGCAAGAGGACAGAAACAUAAAUGUUUCAUUUGCAAGAGGACAGAAACUAAUGUUUCAUUUGCGAAAGGACAGAAACAUAAAUGUUUCAUUUGCAAGAGGACAGAAACAUAAAUGUUUCAUUUGCGAGAGGACAGAAACAUAAAUGUUUCAUUUG